AUGGGAGUCGGUUCGUUCCUCGAGCCACUCAUAGUGGUAACCCUCCUCUUCGGGGGCGCCUACUUCAACCGCAACAAGGACUACAGGUUCAGACUCACAAAGUCUAGCUGGCCCAAGGACGCCGGUCGCAAGCGCUCCGAUGACUUUCAGAAGCGAGACUCGACCGAUAGCCUCAUGAGCGGCUGGAGCGGUUCGCGCUCUCCCAGCAUCGACCCCGACGAGCAGCCGACACUUCGCCGCCGCAAGCUCCAAGUAUUUGGCUUCAAGCGCAUCGUGUCGACACCGAAUACACUCGUCUUUGAGGACCGUCUGCUGAGCCGUGUCCUGAAAAAGUUUCCCUUCCUCGCCGAAGCCUGGUACUGGUUCCUCAUCUACUUUGUGUACCAAGUCGGUCGCGCCAUCACAGCCUUGACACUCGUCGAGGGCACCGUCAAUGUUGCCCGAAAGCACGCCCUGCAGCUCAUCCACCUCGAGCAAAGCCUACACAUAUUCUGGGAGGUGGAUAUCCAGAAGUGGUUCCUCGCGCGCCCUGCUAUCCUCCACUGGAUCAACCGCAUCUACUCUUUCAUCCAUAUCCCCGGUACCAUCUUCUUCCUGGUUAUGCUGUACUACUUCACCACCACUCGCAAGCGCCGUGUCAGUGCCCGUGCCGACAAUGUUGCAGCUGGUCCUGCUCUCUAUGAGGCUCGUCGACGUACUAUGGCCAUGUGCAACCUCAUUGCCUUCAUCAUCUUCACCAGCUGGCCUUGUAUGCCUCCUCGCCUGCUGAGCGAUCCUGACUACAAGGGGUCUGAUGCUGCCGAGGCCAAGAGCUUUGGUUUCGUGGAUUCGGUUCACAGUGGCACUGGUGAGAGCAGUGUAUGGACCACUAACAAAUUCUGCAACCAGUAUGCUGCUAUGCCCUCGCUGCAUUUCGGUUACUCCCUCCUCAUCGGCCUCACCAUCGCCACCAUCCCCAUCACUGGCCUCCGUCCCAACUCGUGGAAGAGGAUCGCCAUUGUCGUCAUGGGCAUGUCAUAUCCCGCCCUGAUUUUGACCGCCAUCGUCGCGACCGCCAACCACUUCAUCCUCGAUGCUGUAGCUGGCGCUAUUGUCUGCGGAAUCGCCUGGAACUGCAACGGCUUCCUGCUCAACUUUUGCAUCCUUGAGGAUUAUUUCCUUUGGCAUCUUCGAAUCCACAAGCCCGUCAACUACACCGACCCUGAAACGGCUGUUGAGUCAGAGUUCCAAGCCGGUCUAUUGGCCCAGGAUGUUUGA